AAGAAAAAACCAAAGAACUAAGACAUUGACACUUCACCAUUUUCAUUUUUUCACCAACAUUUAUAUAGUUUCUUGAUAGCUCUUUCAUACAUUUUCUUCUUUAUCUAUCCUAUCUCCUUUACUACCACUUCAUAGAAUCAACAUUAUAAAAUUAGCACAAGUUCGAUUGGUUCUCAACGUUACGAAGUUAGUCAGGUUCAGUUCAGACUAUAACAACAAUAACAAUAACGACGUAUUCUUCUUAAACUUUUGUUCUUUCUUUGUACCAAAAUGGCAACCAAACCUAGUGGCACCACCACAACUCCCACCACCACCACCACCACCACCAUGAAAAAUCAAACAUACAAGCCAAAGGUCAUCCCUUACCGACCAAACCGCCGACACAACCGUCGUCGUCGUUGCAACUGUCGUAGAUGUUUCUGUUUAUGUUGUUUUUGGUCUGUACUCAUCAUUUUCUCCAUUCUUCUUCUUGCUGCUAUUGCUGGUGCUAUUUUCUACGUCCUUUACCACCCUCAACUUCCUUCGUUCGCCAUUUCCUCUCUCAAAAUCUCGCAAUUUAACCUCACUACAACUUCUGACGACACUACAAAACUCACCACAAAAUUCAACAUAACUCUCUCUACCAAAAAUAAAAACAAAAAACUUAUUUACACUUAUGAUCCAAUUGUUCUAACAGCUGAAUCAACAAACCAAAUUGUUCUAGCAAAUGGAAAUUUUCCAGGAUUUAUUAGUAUACCAAAUAAUAUUACUAAUAUACAUUCAACAUUAUCAAUUGUAUCACAAGAUCUUGAUGUGGAUUCAGUUUCAACUUUGAAGUCAGAGCUGAAGACAAAAAAUGGAUUGCCAGUGAAGAUUUUGUUGGAUACAAAAAUGGUUGUGAAAAUGGACAAAUUGAAAAGUAAAAAAGUGGGAAUUAGAAUAACAUGUGAUAAUAUACAUGGACUAAUUCCUAAAGGGAAAAAUCCAACUGUGGCUUCAAUUAUUGAUGCUAAAUGUAAGUUUGAUUUGAGAAUUAAGAUCUUGAGAUGGACUUUCUAGUUAAAACUUCUUUUUCUUUUUUUGGUUUCAACUCAAUUUGGUUUGGGAUUUUUUUUUUUUCCUUUUAUCAAGUGUAAUCAUAUUGUUUCUCUUUAAUAUAUAUAUUUUUGUCUU